UGUUAGUGCACGCGCGGUGAGUGGGUGGGGAUAGAGUGCGCGUGGAAGUUGCAGGGCAAGAGUAGAUCCCGGUGCGCGCUCCCGCUAGGUGACAGAAAUGGCGGCCCCGGACUGGCUCUGCUCCCUGCCGGACUCCUGGCGUUUCGGCAUCACUCGGGGCGGCAGGAUCUUCUUCAUCAAUGAGGAAGCAAAGAGUACCACCUGGCUGCACCCGCUCACUGGGGAGACUCUACUCACAGGCCACAGAAAGACCCCAGACUUGCCCACAGGGUGGCAGGAGGGCUACACGUUUGAAGGCGCUCGAUACUACAUAAACCACAAUGAGCGCAAUGUGACCUGCACCCACCCAGUCAGCGGGCAACCCUCCCAGGAGAACUGUAUCUUUGUGCUGAAUGAGCAGACUCCUCCCAGUGUUUCCUCUCAGGAACAGAAAGAUCUCACAGUCAGUAUGUCAAGUGAAUCCCCCAAUUGCAACACUCAGCCCCCCGAUAAUCCAUCCAGCCCCCUGACUCGGUCAUCCAGAUCUUCAGGCAAAAUCCACAAUUUUGGCAAAAGGUCAAAUUCUAUAAAACGGAAUCCAAAUGCUCCGGUGGCGAUGCGCGGCUGGCUCUACAAGAAGGCUAAUUCAGGCAUGAAGCUGUGGAAGAAGCGCUGGUUUGUGCUGUCGGACCUGUGUCUGUUCUAUUACAGAGAUGAGAAGGAAGAAGGGGUACUGGGGAGCAUUCUCCUCCCGAGCUUUCAGAUACGCAUGUUAACUCCCGACGAUCACAUUAACCGCUCGUUCGCCUUCAAGGCAGCCCACUCCAACAUGAGGACCUAUUAUUUCUGCACAGACUCUGCCAAAGAAAUGGAGCUGUGGAUGAGAGCCAUGACUGAUGCAUCACUUGUGCACUCAAAGCCUGCAAACAGGGUGGAACCGAUCAAGUGUGAGAAAGUUGCCCCCCCAGAACUGAACCAUGUUGCAAAUCACAGGCUGCUGAUCAGGCCGGAAGCCAACAAUAACCAGAGAAACACAGAGCUGAGCAGACUUGUGGGGAAGAAGUCCCUGGAGGCAGAGAAAUACGGGUUCCAGCAGGGUGAGAAGCCCUUAACCAAAAUAACCAGUGGGAGGCCCGGCAUGUCGGACUAUGAGACCCUGCACACAGUCCAGUACCGCUCAGCACACAUUAAUGGACCUGACAUCCAAGGCCAUUUCUCUGAGCCGGACUCUGCUGACCCGCACAGAACUGUCACAGCCAACACGGAACCCGAGCGGAUCAUGCAGAGAACUAAUUCCCUAUUGCAGUUGGGACAGUGGAUCCGAGCGCAGAGAGAUAAGGAGUUUGAGGGCGAGUCGAGAGGCAGUGUAAUGUCCUAUCAGACGUUGCCCAGAAAUAUGCCCAGCCACCACAUGCAGACACUGCCACGUUACCCAGAAGGCUACCAGACUCUCCCGCGGCAACCUAAAGCCCGGCCAGAGAGCCUGUGCAGCACCACCGGAUACGAGCAGAGCUUGGGGCCCAUGAAUGUGACUGGUGAGGAGAAGAGGAGAUCCAUUCGGGAUGAUACCAUGUGGCAGUUGUACGAGUGGCAGCAGAGGCAGUUCUACAACAAACAGACCACUAUACGCCGACACGGAUCCCUCACCAGCCCCAAAACCAUGAUCCACAUAUCCGACCAGACGUUACAGUCCAUUCCCAUGUCUCCUUCCCACGGCUCCAUCUCUGGGUACCACACGUAUUCACCCCAUCGCUCCUACAGGUCAGAUAUCUCCUCCCCCGUGCAGAUUGGGGACAUUACUAUUGACAGGAGGCACAAGGCUUUCUCUAAUAAGCAUGCCUUUGUGCCCGACAGAAGGUCAAUGCCCGCAGGAGUGAACCUACAGCCCGUUACCCCACAGGGUUUCCAAGGCAAGACUCCGGAGGAACUGACCCUGAUGCUGAUCAAGCUGAGGAGACAGCAGGCAGAGCUGGGCAGUAUUCGGGAAUAUACACUGGCACAGCUCAUGCGACUCAAAUCCUUCUGCAGUCCCAAGAAUGAAAUCCUGUCCCACCAUCUCCAGCGGAACCUCAUCUAUGUGGACCACCAGAUGAAAGAGAAUGAGCCUUUAAUCACUAUGGUUCACACCAUGAUUGAGAACUCAGCGCUUAGACCUCAGCUGUUCCAGCAAAUGGUGCAAGACGAUGGUCGCUCCACGGCGCACAAAUACCGCUCCGAAGAACUGGACAUCGAUGCCAAGCUGAGCCGCCUGUGUGAGCAGGAGAAAGUGGUUCAGGCCCUGGAGGAGAAGCUGCAACAGUUGCACAAGGAGAAGUACACUCUGGAGCAGGCGCUGCUCUCUGCCAGCCAGGAGAUAGAACUGAAUGCCGACAAUGCGACCACCAUACAGAGCGUGGUGCUACAGAGAGACGACCUGCAGGACGGGCUGCUCAGCACCUGCCGGGAAGUGUCUCGCGCUACUGCAGAGCUGGAGAGAUCGUGGCGAGAAUACGACAAGUUAGAGCGCGAUGUGACGGCAGCGAGGAACCAAAUGCGGGAGCAGCUGGAGCGACUGGGAGGGGUGCAGACAGAAACGGGGGGGAUUCAGCGCGCCCAGAUGCAGAAGGAAAUCUGGAGAAUUCAGGAUGUGAUGGAAGGACUCAGCAAGCACAAGCAGCACAGAACCCAGGCUGCAGCCGAAUCCGAGUCACACGAGAUUUCUACGGGAAAGGGCGCAAAUGAGGAGAAGGCCCCGCCACGCCCUCCGCUCCCUCGCUCCUAUGAUUUACCCGAAGGGGCUUCAACAAUGCCCCCCAUGCCCAGUAAGAGCAGCCCGGCCCUGCUGUGCUAUACUAGGGGCCCCGCUCAUCUCCCCGACGACAAGACCAGCGAUCAUGUGCAAGGGUAUCAGAGAAACGGAUCCUAUGGUGGGCCAGACUACAGGCUGUACAAGAGUGAGCCCGAGCUGACCACCGUAGCGGAAGUGGACGAGACCAACGCUGAUGACAAGAGCGAGGCGGCUGUGAAUCUGGAAAGUGGCGCAAGUAAAGGGUCACACUUUCCCGUGGGGGUCGUGUCCCCAAGAGCCAAAUCCCCUCCACUUGAAUCCACCACUAUUGCUUCUUAUGUCACUUUAAGGAAGGGCAAGAAGAUGGAGCCAAAAACAGAUCGGCCGAGGAGCGCGCUGGAACACCUGUGUAUAGCGGAUACGCCCAGGACCCGCAUGACGGUGGAGGAGCAACUGGAGCGAAUGAAGAAGCACCAGCAACCCUGCCUGCGAAAAAAGGCUUUCAGUUUAUUUGGGGCCCCAGAGCAGUCGCCAUCCCAGAGCCCUUCCUUCUCCAGGGAGAAUUCUCUUAAAAUGAUUCGCCGGCGGGAGGAUAAAAUAUUCAGUAACAUUAAAGACAUAGAGAACGCGGUGCGAGAAAACUCCACGCAAAGGGAGUCUCCAGCCGAGGAGAUUCUCAGACUGAAGGAAACAGCUGAGAGAUCCGACCCUGACUCAGAGGCCGGGGACGCAGCCGGGGGUACAGGGAGUUUUGCUGUAUCUGAUGCCAAAGAGACGCUGGAACUGGACCCUCUUGUACUUUCCAAUCCUGUUGGGUCCGUUCAGUCACCAGAAGAAAUCAGCAGCCCGGCCCCCCCAUCACUGACCAAUCACAAGCCGGAUUUAUGCUGCGCUACAGAGCCACUGGCACCAGCCAUUGUUUCCCCAUAUGACUUUGCUGCAGAUCCUUUAAAGAGACGCACAUCAUUGGAAGCCGCCACCCCAUCUCCCCCAGAGCCGUCACCAGCACAAGCCCAGCUCACUGAAGGCACCCACUUCAUGUGUGUAUAGGUGCCCUGAGGCUCAGAAGAGCAGAUACAAGACUGAGUAAGGAUUUGGGCUGACGGACUGGUACCUGUACAGAAUGUUGUGUUGCGCGUCACUUGGGGCCACGCUUGCUGCUACCUACCUUGCACACAUAAAGGCAUUUUUACUCGUUUAGACGAUCGCUGCCCGGGGACGUCACAAACAUUCGCCUUUGCCACUUUAUUUCCCCGGCAGUUUUAUACCCCUCACGUCUGUGACUUUUAGCAUUUUACAGCUGAUUUGUAUAAUAUAUAUAUAUAUUUAUAUUUAAUAUGCGCCCCCUAGAGGUUUCUCCGGGUCUCCACCAGCACCGCCCCCUGAGGGCGGGGACAGAGAGUUUGGGUCAGAAAUCUUGGGCUUUUUUGAUUCUUCCAGGGAGGGGGGGUUGUACAGCAAUAACAGGAGUGUAUAAAUGUAAUUAUGUGCAGAGUGAAGGGGCUCAACCCGCCUGGUGUAACUAUAACAUGGAUCUAGUUUCAUGCACAAUAUUCACAGCUCAUUUCUUUUAUAACAAACCAAAUAAAUGUCCCUCUUGUUUUA